UCGUGAACGUUCCACCGACUUGACUUACUAUCGUAAAAACAAAUUUUCCCAAUCUUGUAGCGUUUUAAAAAAAAAGUGUUUAAUUGUUUUUUAAUUAACUAUGAACACAAUGUUCAACGUCGAAAUUAAUAAUAACUAAUAAUAAUAGUGUUGAACUAAUUAAUUAACUAUCGAAACAUUGAAUAACACGUUAGCCCGGCGCAUCCACCAAACCUGCAAAAAACCAACUCGCUCGAACCUCGAAACACCAACCUAACACCAUAAUGACACUUCCGAAACACCUCGAAAAUUUUCUUAGAUUUGCAAGAAACAUUUCAACUUUGAGAAAAAAAUUCAUUUAAAUUAAACACAGACGGCCGCAUUAAUUAAAUUAAACGUAUCAUUGAAGGUCAAGGUUAUCGUCGAGACGGUUACUCACAACCUCACAACACACUUUGCAUUACAAAAACUAAAAAAAAAACAACUAACAAAACAAAUUAAGCUUUAAACGUCGAAAUGUUGUUGUGUUGAAUCGGAGAUUUAUAAAUAUUUAUCGUGCAUAAUGAGCGUUUUAGUCGGCUUUAGUCUCUGCUGUGCAUUAGUAAAAGGUGGAUUGAUGUCUCUACGUUGGUAGCAAUGUAACUGUAUUUUUGGCACAACUACAUUAAUUACUUUAAAUGCAAGUUGUAAAACAGCGACCGGAAGUAAUUAAAUGGAAAAUGAAUUUAGCGUUGUUUCUGUAUCGGAACAUACGUGGGCAAGUAAUGAACUUCCACUUUCACAGGAAAUGUUGAAACAAGAUGUACGUCACACAAAUUGGACCAAUAAUAAUUUUCCUUUGGUGCAUGAGCACGAUACCUGUCGCCUUGACGGUUGACGAGGAAUGGAGAUGUUUAAAUUCUUCCACGCUCAUCCCGAAAAAAUACAUCCACUACAUGGAUCAACAUACCAGCGUUGUGAUACAGACCUCGGAUCGGACUCUCCAUCGGUUAAGCACCGAAGCUUUCAAGAUUUUUCUAGAAGAAAUGAUCGGUUUCGCAAAAGUAGAUAUCGUUACACACGAUAAUGAAUUUGACACGGAACGGGUAGUGAACAAGCUGUCCCCGUUGGAACUGCAGAAUAACGAAUUCAUCCCGAAAGCCAUGCUCGACUUGGAAGUAUGGGUGCCCCCAGGACACGACGUAACCAACAUGGAAGACAGCAAGCUAGUGAAGGAACUCGGAGACAUCGGACCGCCAGGGCGCUUCGGAUGGUACAUCCCUGCCGAACUGGACGCUCCCGUCCACAACUACUACAAAAAGUGGGAUAAGUACAUCGGAGAAGUCCACUGGACAUUCCUCAGAGAUAAGAAAGUAAUGGAAAAAUUUGACGUCGACAGUCGAAACAUGGCUUUCAUUUACAACAACACUCGCUAUAACGAGACGAGUUACAACUGCCCAGAAGACAAGUGCACGAAAGGUGUGUACACUCCAGCGCACUGCAAGAACACACCUUGCGCACUCCUCUUAACCUCCACGUACACCAUGGAUUUCGCCAUCGACCACAUCAACGAACUCCAGUUGUACGUGAAAGUAGCUUUCGUAGGUAAGAACUUGAAGAAGACUGUGGAUUAUCUGACGGCCGAGUACCAGAAGAAUCGAAGAGACAAGAGUCUGUUGAUCAUGUAUUACACUCCGAGCGAGGUCAUCCUCAGAGAGAGGUACUUCAUCAGGGUGACUUUCCCCCAGUGCGACUACCUCAACACCAACUACUCUCUCGGCUGCAAAUACGAGCCGUACCGGAUCGUCAAAAUCUCGUGGAACAAAGUCGAAGCGUUGGGUUUGCUCCAACACAUCCGGACCUUCAAGUUUUCAGAGGAAGACUUUGAUUUGCUCCUCGACGUGUUCGAACAAGCUACCGACAGGAGCGAUUUGCGCCAAAUCGCGUGCGAGUGGGUGAAACUGCGCCAGGGCGGAUGGUUCAUCGGGCCCGAGACGAACGUCAUCUACAUCGGAGGGAUCUUCCCCCUUCACGAGUCCUCCUACAACGGGCCGGGAAUAGUGCAAGGUGCCGUUAUGGCACAGGCCAUGAUCAACGACAACCCUUCCAUUCUGAAAGACUACAAGUUGCAUUUGAUGAUCGAGAAUGGAAAGUGUCGGGCGGAGAGCGUCAUGAAGAUCUUCAUCGACUACGUCACGGACGCCUACUACAACAAUCUGUUGGGCGUUUUGGGGCCUGCGUGCUCAGAUACGGUGGAACCUCUGGCCGGUGUGUCGAAGUUGUACCGUACCGUGGUGAUCUCGUACAGCGCUGAAGGCUCGAGCUUUUCGGAUCGGGAGAAGUACCCGUUCUUCUUUCGCACGAUCGGAGAGAAUAAGGACUACCAGCACGUGUACUUGCAGCUGUUCAAGAAGUUGGGAUGGAAGCGGGUAGCGGCGCUCACCGAGGACGGCCAGAAGUACACGGAGUACAUCUCGCACAUGCAGACCACGCUGGAGAAGAACGACAUCACAUUCAUCGCCAACAUCAAGUUCCCGAGGGACAGAGACACCUCGCAGAUGACUAGAUAUUUGGAAGAGCUGAAACGCAAGAGCGCCCGAAUUAUCGUCUUGGACGUGUUCGAUUACAUCGCGAGAACCGUCUUCUGCGAAGCUUACCAUCUGAAAAUGACGUCGGCCGAGGGUUACGUUUGGUUUCUUCCGAAUUGGCUCAACGACACUUGGUACGACACCGACUAUUUCAAUAAAUACAAGAACGAAACUAUUAACUGCACCACGAAGGAAAUGAUAAAGGCAGCGACUGGUUACUUUUCGAUGGCUCAUUCUUCUUUUGCACCCAACGAGACCGUCGUCCAAGGUAAUGUAAGUGUGAACGAGUGGAAGAAGAAGUUUAGAGACCGAAGCUACAAGACGAAAAUGUCAGACUACGCCGGUUACGCGUACGAUGCGGUGUGGACGUACGCUUUAGCUUUGGACGAGUUGACGAAGAGCGAUCCCGAGGCCGUUGCUGAUCUACAUUCGGAAGCAAGUACACAGAAACUGGUAAAACUCAUCGAGAAAACUGACUUUCUCGGCGUGUCGGGGCACAUCAAAUUCCGCGGCGGCCCUUCGCGCUUCUCCAACAUCAACCUCAUCCAGUGGUACCAGAACAAGUCCCACGUCGUCGGUCACUUCUACCCCAACGUCUCCGACGACAAACCCAUCAUCCUGGGCGGCACCCUCGAUCUCAAACAGGAAACCCUGCGCUGGUUCACCUCCGACAGCCAACGGCCCGAAGACGGAACCCCCGCGCCCCCCAAAUGCGCCCUCGAGAGCCUCGCCAAGACCCUCAACGUCAACUGCGAAAUGGCCAUAGUCAUCCUCAACAUCAUCCUCAUCUGCUUCUUGUUUCUGGGAGUGCUGGCGGUGGUGUUCGUGAUGAAGAGGAGAUACGACAAGAAAGUGAAGUACACCGAGAAGUACAUGAGACACUUCGGCAUCGACUUGAGGCUGAACCCGUCGCAGAUCACGGACCUGGACAAGUGGGAGAUCCCGAGGAACUCGGUGGUCAUUAACAGGAAGCUGGGCGAAGGAGCGUUCGGGACGGUAUACGGCGGCGAGACGAACUUCCCGGGCAAGGGUUGGGUGGCCGUGGCCGUCAAGACACUGAAGAUCGGCUCGAGCACCGAAGAGAAGCUGGAUUUUUUGUCGGAGGCUGAAGUGAUGAAGCGUUUCGAGCACAAGAACAUCAUCAAGCUUCUCGGCGUCUGCACGAAAGAAGAGCCCAUUUACACUAUAAUGGAGUUUAUGUUGUAUGGCGACCUUAAGACGUUCCUUCUAGCUCGGCGCCAUCUCGUCAACGAUAAGACUAUCGAAGAAUCGGACGAAAUUUCGAGCAAGAAACUGACAAUGAUGGCCCUGGAUGUCGCCAGAGGUCUCAGCUACCUGGCGUCUCUGAAGUACGUUCACAGAGACGUGGCGUCGAGGAACUGUCUCAUAAAUGCCCAACGGAUAGUCAAGUUAGCAGAUUUCGGUAUGACCAGGCCCAUGUUCGAAAAUGACUACUACAAAUUCACGAGGAAGGGGAUGUUGCCGGUCAGGUGGAUGUCUCCGGAGAGUUUGGCGUUGGGAGUUUUCACCCCGGCGUCUGACGUUUGGAGUUUCGGGGUUCUGCUGUACGAGAUCAUCACGUUCGGCAGCUUUCCUUACCAAGGGAUGACCAACACGGAAGUUCUGGAGUACGUGAAGGCCGGACAUACGGUUACCAUUCCUCCGGGGGUCAAGACGCAACUACGCGGUCUGUUGAAGUCCUGCUGGCACCAAGACCCCAAGAUGCGUACUCGCGCCUCCGAGAUCGUCGAAUUCCUGGCCAACAACCCCCGCCUGAUCGUCCCCUGCCUCGAGGUCCCCUUGGCUUCAGUCCAACUGGAGGACACCAACCAGCUCGAAAUCAACCUUCCGGAUCAGUUCCGCAAAUGUUCGGCUGCUAACAUCAAGGCUUCGCCUGCGAUACCCAACGGGAUCGCACCGUCGCACUCCCUCGAUGCCAAGAUAGAGACCUUGAGGCAAGAGUCGGUCUCCGACAAUUGCUGCCCCAGGGAGCCCCUGCUCGGCCCGUCGAAGUCGAGUUCGAGCUUGUUGAAUUUCGGCAAGUACGUCAUACAUCACAACGACGACGGCGUGCAGAAGAAGGACGAGGAAGGAGACUAUCUGACCCACAACCCGGCUCCCGCGAACGGUUUUGCCAUUUCCAAAGUGUAGAGUUUAUCGGGUGGGUGGGUUUGUCGAUGAUCACAGUGCCGUCUCGUCAGUAAUUGUGGAAAUGUCAGGAUCGUUGUCAGCGACGAGUGCUCAAGUUUCUCGGUCAAACAAGACGUAACGCGAGGCUGUGUUAUUUAGAUCGACGACCUUCGAUACGUGUUCGGCAUUUCCAUGAGCAGUUGCAGUUCUAGUCAUUUUUUUUUUUUUUUGAUAUGUCGCUUAAUCGAAAUCAUACGUCCAAUAGUAUUAACGUGUAUUACUUGAUUCUACUAGGGGAGAAAGGCCUGUGACGAGUCCAUGACUAUUCUUCGAGUUCCUUAUCACUUUUUCAAGCAUAUUUAUUACGGAGAUAAGACUUUCACGAUACUUUUAUAUGUAAGAGGGUCGGGGCGCAGUCGCCUCGGGCCUUAGUUUAAGACGUAACUAUUUUAGUUGAUUUAAGACGAUUUUGUAACACUUGUGUCGCACUGUAUAUUGUAAUACCAAACGAUUAUAUCAAAUAUUUAUUUUUUAAGUGACGCUGAAUGCAGGAAUGGUUGAGUCGUACGCAAGUCGAGCGAUUAAAAUAAUUACAUUUUGUACCUGACGUUACUUUUUUAAGUAAUAUUUAAAAUGUAAGAUUAAUAAACACUUCAAUUUUA